AUGAAUGCGCCAGAGCCUGAGCAGACCCCUUUCGAGGCUGUCAGCGUCCAUACCUCGAGGCUUCAGCGAAAAUACCAAGCUUUGCUGGACCAGUCGACCCCUUUCGUCCUCUACCGAUGGGUCGGUACUGUUGUCUGCCUUCUCUUCUUCUUUCUUCGAAUCCUCCUUGCGCAAGGCUGGUAUAUCGUUGCCUAUGCGCUCGGUAUCUAUCUUUUAAACCUGUUUCUGGCUUUCCUGCAGCCCAAGUUCGACCCCUCCAACGAAGAGGCCGACAACGAGAUGGAAGACGGCUCUGUGGGCACUCUUCCCACCAAGCAGGACGAGGAAUUCAAGCCCUUCAUUCGCCGACUUCCUGAGUUCAAGUUCUGGUACUGGGCCACCCGAGCUAUCAUCAUCAGCUUCUUCUGCAGUUGGUUCGAGAUCUUUAACGUGCCAGUUUUCUGGCCCGUUCUGGUCAUGUACUGGUUCAUCCUCUUCUUCCUGACUAUGCGCAAGCAAAUUCAGCACAUGAUCAAGUACCGCUACGUACCCUUUACUGUCGGUAAGAAGAACUACGCCAAGAACAACUCGUAA